AUGCCAACUUCAUCCCUCUCAGCCAAGAUCAACCUGGACGAAGAAGUGAAGCUCUCAGAGACAGCUGUGGAAAGGGAUCUGAAUGAUUCCCUCGCAGAGAUUUACAGCAUCAUCAUUACCCUGGACGGCCUGGAGAAGGCGUACAUCAAAGAUUCGAUUCCGGAAACAGAAUACACUGAGAUAUGCAGUCGCUUGCUAAAGCAGUACAAGUCGAAUCUGAGCGAUGACACGGUCGCUCGGUCCUUCGGAGAUUUGGAAACGUUCAAGCGCCAGUGGGAUAUCGAAUGCCCCCGCGCAACCGAACGCCUCCGGGUCAAUCUCCCUGCCACCAUCGCCGACCCCUCCAAUUCACACACCUCGACUUCCACCCCCCAUCCCUCGACCGCCCCCUCCCAACCUUCAGCAUCAGGCUCCAAGAUCCUGCUUGCAACCGAAAACUUCAUAACCUUUCUUGACGCCUUGAAGCUCAACAUGCUUUCAAAAGAUGCUCUACAUCCGUUGCUUGUCGAGCUCAUCCAAUCCGUAAAUGAGGUAACGUUGGGAGACUUCGAAGGGAGACCGAAGAUUAUCAGCUGGUUGAUUCGCUUGAAUGGGAUGAGGGCGCAGGAAGAAUUGUCCGAGGGAGAAGCGAGGGAGUUGGUGUUUGAGAUGGAGGGAGCAUAUGCUGGCUUCAAGAAGACGUUAAAUUGA